UUUGCAAUAAUUUUCAUAGUGCUUUUUAACUUUGUGAGAGCAGCCUUACCAAAAUGUUGAAGUUAUCAAUCCUUGCUCUUACACUGAGCCUGAUAAGUGCCGUGAACUCAUCACCUAACGAUAACCCCACAUCCAAGGAUCGGUCUGAAACCAGAAGAUGUGCCCGAGACCGGUGUCCCUUGGACCAAACGACAUUUAACAUCACGACAAACAUUCCUUUCGUCAAGGACCCGGAAGCUCCCGGUUUAGAGGAAUCCCUCCAAUGUGAGACCUUCAAUUACUGCGGGGAUGGCAAGAAACGGACUACGUGCCCCAUAAUCGAUGGACACGAUAAGGCUGACCCCAGCUACCAACAAGCCUUGACUUUGGCCGUGAUAAAAAGCAACUUGGCCCCCGGCUCGAUUUUCUUGCAAAUUAAAUUCAAUUCCGACAAGACGGCUGACAUUAAUUUGCGAUAUGUCAAGUAUGGAAACGUCACGAAAAUACCGGCCGACAUUCCAACCGGUUGGGACAAUUUGGAGAAGGAUAUUGAAAAUGAUAGCAGUUUUUAUGAAGAUAUUGUGGUUAUCAAAACGACGCUAAAUAUUCCGAAAGAUUUGCCACAACCGAGCACAGAUGAAGCUGGGUAUCAUGCAAUCAGGGUGACGGAAUUUUUCAAGCUGAUCCUGGGGGCUAAGUCGGUGACUGGGAAGGUGUUCACCUUAGAGAAACAAGGGGCACCAUGGGUCAUCAUUUGGGACAAGGUUACCCUCACGUUUGAUGAGGACUGGACUCGGGAUGUUUUUGAGGAAAAUAUCGAAAAAUUUAAUAAUGACCAUUUCGCCAUUUGUGUAUGUCUUCGAAUCUCACAGGAUUGUAGAGAAAGGUAUCCAACUUAUUUGGAUUUCUUUGAUACGGAGUCAGACAUUUGUACCAAAGUUUGAAUCUAAAUAAAACCAACUUUUUUGCCUUCAUAAUAAAUAACCACAUUGUUUAAUCAUGA